AUGCUAUCGUCUCUUCUCCCCAGUCGAUUUAAACAAACUUCAGACAAAAUGUCUCCCACUUCCGUAAACGGGGGUGCUGGCUCCAAGAUCUCCUUUGUUGGUGCCAUUGACCAGGGCACCACGAGCACCCGCUUCCUCAUCUUCAACCCCCACGGUGAGGUCGUUGCUACUCACCAGCUCGAGUUCAAGCAGAUCUACCCUAACCCAGGCUGGCACGAGCAUGACCCCGAGGAGCUCGUUGCUUCCGUCGAGACGUGCAUUGACGGCGCCGUCCAGGCUUUCGAGACUCAGGGCCACUCCCGCGAGCAGAUCAAGGCUGUCGGCAUCACCAACCAGAGAGAGACCACCGUCCUUUGGGAUACGACCACCGGCAAGGCUCUGUACAAUGCCAUCGUCUGGACCGACACCCGCACCAAGGAUCUCGUUCGCCGUCUGAAGCAGCGUCUCGGCGCAAGCGAGCUUACCCAGCGAUGCGGUCUUCCCCUCUCCACAUAUCCCUCCGUCGGCAAGCUCCUUUGGCUUCUGGAGAACAGCCCUGAGGUCAAGGAUGCUUACGAGCGUGGUGUUCUGGCCUUUGGUACCAUUGACACCUGGUUGGUCUACAAGCUGAACGGCGGUACUGCCCGCGACGUUUACGUCUCGGAUCCCUCCAACGCCUCCCGUACCAUGUUCAUGAACAUUCACACUUUGAAAUAUGACGAGGACCUCAUUGAUUGGUUCAGAAUCGACCCCAAGAAGGUCAAGCUGGCAAAGAUUGUCCGUUCUUCCGACCCCGAGGCGUAUGGUACGCUCCACAACACCGUUCUUAGCGGUACCAAGAUCACCGGUUGCUUGGGUGAUCAGUCCGCUGCUCUAGUCGGUCAGAAGGGCUUCACGGCUGGUCUCGCAAAGAACACGUAUGGCACGGGUUGCUUCUUGCUCUACAAUAUCGGGCCCAAGCCCGUCAUCUCAUCCCACGGUCUCUUGACCACUGUCGCUUUCGACUUCGGCCCUGGCAAGACCAUGUACGCUCUCGAGGGUUCCAUUGCUGUUGCUGGAUCCAGUGUCAAGUUCCUGGUCGACAACUUUGGCUUCAUGGAGUCUUCCUCCAAGCUCAGCGCACUCGCCGAGACGGUUGAGGACAACGGUGGUUGCACCUUCGUCACUGCCUUCAGUGGACUCUUUGCGCCUUACUGGAUCGAUGAUGCCCGUGGUACCAUCUUCGGUAUCACCGCCUACACCCAGCGUGGCCACAUCGCCCGCGCCACCCUUGAGGCCACCUGCUUCCAGACCAAAGCCAUUUUGGACUCCAUGGAGAAGGACAGCGGUGCAGCCCUGACUGAGCUCGCCGUUGACGGUGGCAUGUGCAACUCCGAUCUCGUCAUGCAGACCCAGUCCGACAUCAUUGGCAUCCCUGUCAACCGCCCAGGCAUGCGCGAGACCACUGCCCUCGGCGCGGCCAUCGCGGCAGGCUUCGCUGCAGGCGUCUGGAAGAGCUUUGACGAAUUGAAGGACGUCAACCUUGAGGGCCGCACCAUCUUCAAGCCCCAGAUCUCCGAAGAAGAUGCCUCUGAGCGCUUCGGCCGCUGGGAGAAGGCUGUCCAGAUGAGCAAGGGCUGGUCGAGCUGA